CAUGCGCUGUCAUGGGCGCCUGUUGUUUUCAUUGCCACGACUCUAAAAGAAAGGGAGGCGCGAAAUAGCAGGGCUAGAUCCCGACCCAGCGAAAACAAUGGGGUCACAACAGGUCUCCUACGACGGCAGGACAUUCCGCUCAGCCUCAAAUACGGAAAACGGCGAAGUCUCAUCAGCGACCGUCUUCCACUACCACCAGGACGGCAAGAUCGUCUGGGCAGAGUACGGCGGUGGCAGCAUCGCCAGGGGUUUCCUCAUUGCCACCGUCCAGACCGACAAGGAUAACAAGCACACCCUUGACGCACGCUACGAGCACGUCAAUGUUGCCGGUGAGCUCAUGACGGGCCGCUGCAGGAGCACUCCGGAGAUCUUGGAGGAUGGCCGGAUCCGAUUACACGAGGACUGGCAGUGGACGAGCGGCGACGGCAGCAGCGGGCAGAGCAUUGUUGAGGAGGAGAAGAAGUGAUUGACAAGGACAGGUUCACAUGCAGCCUGUGGCCAACCCCGUGUCACCGCAUGAGCAGUCACAUCACCCCAACAGCAACAACAGCCCUGGCUUGGGGCUCCCAGGGAGACACUACGUUACUAUCUGACGCUGCCGCCAAGGGGGUAGAUGCAGGACAAUGGGCUGGGCUCAAGCCGACAAGGGAGGGUACACCACCCGCUGUACGCACUAUGUCCUGAUGCAGAGCAUCUCGUCUGACCACCAUCGCUACCACUUGCCAGCCAAGGCCGCCGCCAAAAAGAGGUGCCCCUGUUCAACCAACCCACUUGACCUCUCCCAACGAGGCGGCGCAUUGUUUUCCUUGGGCACCCGCCACGUCCGCCACGUCCGCCAGGCGUGCCGAGCUACCCGCGGCCGAAUUUGUCAUCACGAGCCUGUAUUCUUAUCACGUAUCAGUGUAGCAUCCCCCAGUCAAUCACUCUCUCCCAGAACUUGCUG